AUGGGAUUCGAGGAGCUGCUAGACAAGGUGGGCGGCUUUGGGCCCUUCCAGCUGCGGAAUGUGGCUCUGCUGGCCCUGCCCCGGGUGCUGCUACCCAUGCACUUCCUCCUGCCCAUCUUCCUGGCUGCUGUGCCGGCCCACCGCUGUGCCCUGCCUGGAGCCCCUGACAACUUCAGUAACCAGGAUGCAUGGCUGGAGGCCCACCUGCCCCGGGAGCCUGACGGCAGGCUCAGCUCUUGCCUCCGCUUCACCCAUCCGCAGGCCCUCCCCAACAGCACGUUGUGGGAAGGUGGGCAGAACCCUGGGGAGCAACCAGAGGGUGAGCCCUCCACAGUGCCCUGUCCUCAGGGCUGGGAGUACAACCACUCGGAAUUCUCCUCCACCAUUGCAACUGAGUGGGACCUUGUGUGUGAGCAGAAAGGCCUAAACAAAGCCACUUCCACCUUCUUCUUCGCCGGUGUGCUGGUGGGGGCCGUGGUCUACGGAUACCUGUCUGACAGGUUUGGGCGGCGCCGCCUGCUACUGGUGGCCUACGUGAGCUCCCUGGUGCUGAGCCUGGCGUCUGCAGCCUCGGUCAGCUACAUCAUGUUUGUCAUCACUCGCACCCUCACUGGCAUGGCUCUGGCUGGCUUCACCAUCAUUGUGAUGCCACUGGAACUGGAGUGGCUGGACGUGAGACACCGGACCGUGGCAGGUGUCCUGAGCAGCACCUUCUGGACAGGGGGUGUGAUGCUGUUGGCACUGAUCGGCUACCUGAUACGGGACUGGCGAUGGCUUCUACUGACUGUCACCCUGCCUUGUGCUCCAGGCAUCCUUACCCUCUGGUGGGUGCCUGAAUCUGCCCGCUGGCUUCUGACCCAGGGCCGUGUGGAAGAGGCCCACAGGUACCUGCUCCACUGUGCCAGGCUCAAUGGGCAGCCUGCGGGUGAGGACAGCCUGAGCCGGGAGGCCCUGAACAAAGUGGCUGCCGCGGAGCGGAUGGUCCGAAGACCCUCGUAUUUAGACCUGUUCCGGACACCACGGCUGCGAUACAUCUCACUGUGCUGCAUGGUGGUGUGGUUUGGAGUGAACUUCUCUUACUACGGCGUGAGCCUGGACGUGUCGGGACUGGGCCUGAACGUGUACCUGACGCAGCUGGUGUUCGGGGCCGUGGAGCUGCCCUCCAAGCUGCUGGUCUAUUUGUCGGUGCGCCACGCUGGACGCCGCCUCACGAUGGCGGGAACGCUGCUUGGUGCCGCGCUUGCUUUGGGCUUCAGGCUACUGGUGUCCCCCGAGAUGAAGUCCUGGAGCACCGCCCUGGCGGUGAUGGGGAAAGCUUUUUCUGAAGCUGCCUUUACCACUGCCUACCUGUUCACGUCGGAGUUGUACCCUACCGUGCUCAGACAGACGGGGAUGGGGCUGACUGCACUGGUGGGCCGGCUAGGGGGGUCUUUGGCCCCACUGGCAGCCUUGCUGGAUGGACUAUGGCUGUCACUGCCCAAGCUCGCUUAUGGGGGGAUCGCCCUGCUGGCUGCCUGCACUGCCCUCCUGCUACCAGAGACAAAGCAGGCACAGUUGCCAGAGACCAUCCAAGAUGUGGAGAGGAAGAGUGCCCCAUCCAGUCUUCAGGAGGAAGAGAUGCCCAUGAAGCAGGUCCAGGACUGA